AUGAUUAUUAUCAAUGCUUUUCAUGGUCUCCGCCGCAGAAGAUUGAUUGCCAUUCAGCUUCAUAGGAGAAUCCUCAGACGGCGAAGACGAAGGCAUCGACCAAGGUUUUGGCGCCUGCCCCGGCCUAUGAAUUCAUGGUUCGAAAUCCACUAUAAUGAUCCCUUGAUUCCCGACGAUUAUUUUAAAGAGCAACUUCGGGUUAGAAAAGAAACUUUUGAAGUGAUUUUGAACCACCUGAAUCCUCAUUUAACGAGGGAAGAUAAGGCAAUGCACGACUACCACCAGAGAAAGUGCUUGCUAUUGGACUUUAUAGACUCAUCUGUCUGUCUUCAAACCUGGUGUCGACAUAUUAUUGACAGCUCUCCAUUGUUUUUUACCUCUUUUGCCCGAUAUGACCCGCUCCGAGGCAGGACAUCGGAUCCUUUGAUCUUAUGUCCUGCGAAGCUAGUAUGUCGCUAAGCGCGACAUAAGGGUCGCGCUUGUCUGAGGCUAGCGAUGACAGGUCAAACACCUAUCCAAACACAUUUGCCCUUGAACGCGACCCGUGCCUUAUUAGCAUACCACAAACAAUCAUUAGCAAGCCAAUGGAGCGUGACCUUUUACAGACAUUUGAUUUCUCAGAUCAAGAAAGAACGAUUUUAAUACGAUAAUCGCGCGGUUCACUGCUGAAUCACAAAUUGGCCAGUAAAUAAGCUCUUCCAACCAGCCAACCGACCACAGACGAGCGAAGGAGUGGUAGAGGUUGGAUAAACAUUGUUCAUUCAUUGUCUUCUCUGCCUUGUAAUUAGCCUCAAAACUGCUGUUAGUCCAUGUGAGUCACUAUUACAAAAUUAGUGCUCAAUAUCAAUUUGUUUGAAACAAGGAUCAUAAUGUGGCGAAAUGAACGCAAAAUGUAAAAUGUUGAAGAUCGAGCAGCUCUUUUGUUUGUGUUAUAUAUUGCGCGCGCCUUUUAUUGACAUGUUUGUAUGUUUGUAUUAUAAGGAUAGUUCUGUGUAUGGCCCGAUUGUUAGUUGAUCACCCUUUUUCGACCAUAAACUGAUGGAGUUUAAUCAUCUGGAUGAGUGAAACGCUACGAAGGAUUCCUGUUGAUUAAUUGACGCUCCUCUCCGACAACUUGGGCCGUAGCUAUCUUUAGAGUUAAUUAUUCAAGUGCUGUUGACUCCCGCUGGUGUGGAAAGGUCAGCCAGUAAACAGCCGUCUCUUUCAGGACUUCAUUAUGUCGGAGGAUUGUGUCCAUCAAGAUUUAUCACUUCUGGGUUCAAAAUAUUUGUCAGGUUUGGUUUGGCACCCGGGUUAAUGGUUAACUUUGAAAUCGUAAGUAGCAACCGACGUCAACGCCCUGAGGCGUCUUGUUGCUCAACAGUUUACCAACGGUAUGUAAUUUCAACAGAAGUUCAGUCAAUACAGUCGGCAUUUGAUGCUUUUAUUCCACUACCCUUGACAAUACAGUGCCGAGAAUAUCUAAAAUAUUUGAAAUUUUCGCGAAGCUCCUCGCGUGAUCUUUGAUUUCACCAAAAUAAUGCAAAUAGAAGAAGAAGUUUAUUUCAAAUUAAAUAUACCUUACAAAGCUUGGGCCCGCAAUUAGCGAACUCAAGGCUAAAUUAUUAAAUGGAAGCAAUGUUCGGUGUCCAUGUUCCGUUGCCAUGCCUCAGGAUACCUGUGAAGCGCUAGCUUCCGUGCCGAUUUUUUAGCACGUGUAAAUGCGGUUUAAAGCACACAUAUAAAUCAGUGAUGGAAUUCGUACGCCGCUUGUUUUGAUAACUAUUUCGUUCUGGGGAUAUCAGCUCACAACACCAUGAUACCUGAGCAAAUGUAGCAAGUGUAUAGUGAGAAAAAUAAAAAGAUGUGAUUGCAGAUACAUUUGAGCACAAACCCCCUCAGUACUGAGAGCCCCAAUAACAUUUGGACGAAGUGAAAUCUAGUUUUCUGUUUAAAUAAUAACUAGUGCAGCGAAAGCGAUUCAAUCCUGGAUUCCUUAAUUUGCUAAAACUAUUAGCUUAAAACACGCCUCCACGAAGCCAAUUAAGGUCGAGAGUUCUUCGACUUAAAGUGGGGCCGAAGAUAACAUGGAAUUUAAGCUUUGACUUGGACUCCAACUCAAGGAUGUUCUGCACACCGUUUACUCAAAAUAAGACUCCAUGUGGCAACUUGGUUGAAUGACAUAUUUUAAUCAGCUUGUGCAGUGAUAGCCUCCCACGCAGGCGUUUUUAGGGGAGCUCAACAGAGGACAACAUUCCUUUCCCACGCUUAGCCAAUCACGUUGUACUUUCCAAAUUCUGGAAAGUUGACCUUGACCGCAGGGUAACCCGAUAAUCCCGCGAUCUGCAUGAAACUUUAAGAAACCUUCAUGACCUCUAAUAAAUGUUAGUCUCAGAGCGGCAAAAGUAAGAUUUACUCAGUCAGAUUUUAGAAUUCUCUGUGCACUGCAUAACCUUAGCGAACGAAAGAAAAGAAGGAAAAAGGUAACUCUAGGGUCACGUUCUGGAUCACGUUUUUUGAUAUCACGAGCUUAUGAGUCAUGCUUAGCCUGUCAACACUUUAUUUAAAAACCGUUGAUUAGUCACUUACCACGCGAAUGCAACAAUGGGAAAGGAAUGUUGUCCUCUGUUGAGCAGGCGUUUGUGGGGAGGGAAGAAAUACGAGCUCCCCUAAAAACGCCUGCGUGGGAGGCUAGUGCAGUGAGGCCUAAGGGAAUACUUGAUUAAGUGGUUUGGGAUCCCAUGAUUAUUCUGCCCGAAUCACUACACAAUGUGCAGAAACAAUGGCUUUUCCCAGACCCAUCGACAAGAUCAUUUUAAAGUUUGGAGGAAAGAAGUCAAAAAAGUAUAAUUCAAAUUUUCAUCUAGUGAGCGCAAUUUUUCAUUAUCAAAAUCGGUCUGUCAGGAAGUUUGUUAUGUAUACACUUUUAGGAAGUGGGUGUAUACGUUUGUUAGUACUGAACUGAUUUAAAAGAGCGCUCAACUCUAAGAGGAGAAGUGAUAAGUCAGUUUAGGACUUCAUUAAUAAUUCAACGUUAUAUUUCUACUGCUCGCUUUCGUAUUCAUGGUCAAAGAAUGACCACACUCAUUGGGAAAUUUUAACGAUGCAAAUAUAAGUUUGGAAGUCAAGCAUGCUUUCGAUCUUUCAUACUUGAGUACGAGUGUUCUAUAAAUGUUCUUGUCAUUCAUGAAGUUAGAAUACUAAAAAGGCAAAAUGGUGGAAAAUGAUAACCAGUACACUGUGGAUUAACAGCAAGUGGAAGAGGAAACCAGCUUUAUGCUGGAGCCGGUAAGAGAUAAAGUUGUAUGUUGUCAUUAUUUUAAGAGCCAUUUUCUGAGAAAAUCGAGAAUCGCAAGACACUCGUCAAAAAAUCGAAUUUUUUAUUAUUUUGCCAAAACAUCCCUUUUAGUGACCUAAUUUAAGGAAAAAUAGUUUUGGGUUCAAACGAUUCAUUUGAAAGGAGAAAUUAAAAAAAGUUUGAAAAAUCGAUUUUAUUCCUGUUUUUCGAACAGAACACGGCAGGAUGCAAUGGCAACUUCGAGAGAAGAGUGAAAGCGUAAGAAACAUUCCCUGACACUGAAACUUCACCGAAUUAUUAUUUUGUUCUUACUCUUGAAAACCUUAAAAGAAAAUUUGAAAAACAAUGUCUUAUAUUUUUAUAAUCGACAAGUCUAAAGAGGUCAUAUUUGUGACGUUAGACAUGCUAGAAAACGAAGGCCAACUUUGACUAUUAAAAAAGGCCUCUGGUAUAUGCCGCUUGAUCAUAAAAUCAAUAUAAAAUGGAACCUUGGCUUUUGUACUAACUUACUGGAAAGUUUUAGCUCUGGAAAUCAAAUACCAUCCUGCAACCAAAGCAAGCGGGGAGAGCAAUUGAAUUGGGAAAUUUAUGCAAAUUAGACGGCUUGCGGACGGUUGUCAAACUAAAAGAAAGGUUUUACAUGAAAGGAUUACUCACCAUUGCUUGUAACACGUUUUUACGGCAAGGAAAGUUAUUUCCAACUUCUGUUGCGUCGGUUUGAGUCACAAAAUCCAUAAUUUUAAGCCAAAAGGUCCAAAAGACAAACGUACGUUUGCUCAGCGACUGCGCCAGAAUCCGGCCGUGAAUCGAAAUAAAGUCACAACACGUCACUGCGGUCCUUUGGAAGCAAGAGUUGCAAGAGUUCUUACUUCAGUCAGGAGGCCAAAAGAUUGAAAAUUCAUCGCAAACUAAUGACUUCGAUUUUGAAAACCUUUCAUCACUUCAAUCGUUCGUCGGCUGAUAAUAAACAUCGCACAAGAUCGUAUGACCUUUGGCGUGUGACCGGAAAUCGGUCACACGCUUAAGUCACGUUAGCAUACUGUCACGAAUUUUAAUACGAUUUUUCACGUUUGCUUUCGACAAAAAAUAGACUCAUCGAAAUAAAAUCAGGCCUGCUUUAUUUGUUUGUUUGUUUUUUAAUUUCUUUUAUAGCCUGCAGAACUUGUUCCCCAUGCAUCGCGCGUGUCUCGCACCCCCAGUCCGCUUCGCAGUGUUAUCAUGAAAAGCGCAAAAAACUGAAAUUGACUCCUGUUCUGCAGUUGAUUUCUUUUAUAGACACCUUCUAGGCAUUGACAGGCUGUGAAAAAAGUGUAUUUUUUUUAUUAUUAUUUUUUGAAGUGCUACAUCAUUUUCCUAUAAAUUUCAAACGUGACUGCUAAAAGACUGUUUGGAACCCAUGGAUGGAGAAAAGCUGUGCCGGAGAGAAGGUCAACCUCCCAGCCGAGCCAACUUUUGCGAGCGUUUGUAUGAGGAAAAAACUGACCACUUUGUCCGAGUCAACAGUGCUUGCGCAUGCUGUCUUUGUCUAGCCUUGACCGUGUCGUCCCAGCUAGCUGGGCGAGCCAAAGUGAAGAAAUAUUAGCCGGGCUAGAAGGGUGAGGCCACCACUACCGGCUCAGUGGAGGGCUGACUUCCGGAAGCCCUCAACCCCGUCCACUACUGGUAGUAAGGCGUCUAUCCGAACCAACCUUUUGUUUCUCAUGUAAAUGGUUUACAAAUUUUGUAAGGAAAUGGAGGAAAAGUUGGCUCGCCCAGGGUAGCUUGGGAGGUGAGUAAACACCAGAUAACCCCAAUAAUAAGCACAAACUUUGAUUGUCAGUUAGAUGUCCACUAUUUUAAGUAAGCAACCUGGCAUGUGAUUGUCGCAUCCAUGCCCCCUUCCAGAUCCCCUUUAUUAUCGGUAAGCCUCUGAUAGGUCAAAGUAAUACAGUCGUACCUCCAGUAAGCGACCACCAAAAAUGCAAAGACUUAAUGGUCUCUAACGGGAGGUGGCCGUUUAGAAGAAUCGGACCACAUGGGGUCUAUUCCGAGAAGAGGUCCGGGCACAUUCUAUUAAAUGGCGGUGUAACAAAUUCCUGGCAAAAUAUUAUCUUUUACCUCUUUUGAAAAAUACAGCUUUUAAAUCAUGCUAAAUUUAAAGAGGGAUUCAGGUGAGUGAGAUAUAGAAUAGUCUAGAAUCACAACAGAAUCUUCACUUUGUUGGCUACAUCUACUAAGUUAGGAUAUGUGUAGUUCCACGAUGUCACUAAAGGUCUUCAUAUUUUCCAAGGAACAUAGUGCACACAGCAAAAAUAGAGAGCAGAGAAUGCGUCAACUGGUCGCUUAUGGAAAACAAUUAACCGUGACGCCCAAAAAGUGGUCGCAGUCACUUAGAAAAGUUCGUUUACUGGAGGUUCCAAAUAUAAGGCUUUGAAUGGGAAAAUUUGGUCUUUUGGAUUGGCGGUCGCACAUGGAGGUUCGACUGUGUUAGGUCUAUUAGAGUAUGAGCCGCCAUCACCUCACUGUGAGUGACGAGAGCCAGGAACGUAUAGUAUACACUCCCUUAGGAUGCACAGAAUCGUUGUUUUGAGGUCCCGUUUAGCGAAAUGGAUCAUUCAAGGGAGGUGCUGAAGUCCCAUAGUGAAAUUUAUAAGGUUUAUGGGUUUUUAGUGCAAGGCGAAACACAAUACUUAGGGCCCUGUUGUUCAAACGUUGAACAACAGGAAAUCACUAUCAAGCGAAUAAGAAGAAGCAAUUGCGUUACUUAUUGGAUAUAGAUUUAUCCAGGGGAAAGCGUUAGUCCCGGGGGCGUUAGUCAACUUUUCGAACAUACAGCCCCUAAGUCACUCUCCUUCGAAGACUUACCCUGGGCGACCAGGAUAGGGGAAUAUAAUACUCGACCUUCCUUGCAUCAUCGCGAGAGCCUAUAGCCUUCACUUUCUUUUGGCUCGUCCUAUAAUCCUACCCAACGUUCGUGGGACAGGAAAGUCUGCGUGCGAGGCUUGGGAAUCUAGGGAGACUAUGGAAGCAUGGUGCAAAUAGCCGGGAUGAGCUACUUUGUCCACACGAACCAAGAGGAUUGUGUCUGCUAGAAGAAAUCAGAUGUAGCUUUCCGUGAUAAGUAAUAUUCCAACAGUAUAGGAUCAUAGUUUGAAGCCAUUUCACAAUCACUAGUUUCCGCGCACCUCUACCGGCGAGUUGUGGACAAAAGCAGCUGAUAGCUGUAUACGAACCUUUUUUCCACAAAAUGGUUUCUGGGUUUUCGUAUUCGACAGUGUCAUGUAUUGAUUUUUUUUUAAUCUUAAUGGAGGUCUUUUUUAUUAUGUACUGUCUACCUGACUGACUGUUUCUUUUUUUUUUUUUUUUUUUUUUUUUUCUGGUAAUAACAGGUUUCAUAAUUUGGUCGCGGUUGGGGUUAUAGGCUCCUGAUCGUGAGCAAAUAGCGAACACCAAAGUAAACUAUAGCGUUGAAUCCGUUGGCCACGGAGAACUGGUAUUAUUCUGCAAGUUCUUUACUACAGCAAGAGAGUAUACUCCCUUGACUAUGGGACAUUGGGCCGGGGGAACUUAGUAUUUUGACCCGGCAUAGGGGAGGAGGGGAGGGGGAGGAGGGGAGGGGGAGGAGGGGAGGGGGAGGGGGUACCCUGGCCAGAUUCCAAGUCACGGGGAUGAUCGAAGUAUGUUUUUUUCUUGGUUUGAAAAUAUUUUGAACAAAUUUUUUUUUAGCUGUGGCUUUACUAAAGUUAUCAAAAUAUUCGUUCUUUUUUGGUCUUGAUUUUCGCUUCCACGGGUCACUCACGACACUUGGAAUCCGAGGUACCCCUCCUGUUUAGUACUUCGAAGGCAAAAAAGCUGUUUCAAAGCCUAGUAGGUAAAUAAAAGAAAAAUAAAUAUACAUGGCUGUUUCUACUGCGAUGAGGGGAGUUCUUGUCAAAAAAUGUGAAAACUGUAUUAAAAUUGCUGACAACAGCUACGAAAAUUUCGCGACAGCAUGCUGACGUGACUAAAGCGUGUGACCAAUUUCUGGUCACACGCCAAAGGUCAUACGAUCUUGUGCGAUGUUUAUUAUCAGCCGACGAACGAUUGAAGGUAUGAAAGGUUUUCAAAAUCGAAGUCAUUAGUUUGCGAUGAAUUUUUAUUCCUUUUGCCUCCUGACUGAUGUAAAAACUCUUGUAACUCUUGCUUCGACGUGUUGGGACUUUCGAUUCACGGCCGGAUUCGGACGCAGUUGCUGAGCAAACGUACGUUUGUCUUUUGGCUAAAAAUCAUUUAUUUUGUGACUCAAAACGACGCAAAAGAAGUUGGAAAUAACUUUCCUUGCCGUAAAAACGUGUUACAAGCAAUGGUGAGUAAUCCCGUCAUGUACAACCUUUCUUUUUAGUUUGACAACCGUCCGCAAGCCGUCUAAUUUGCAUAAAUUUCCCAAUUCAAUUGCUUUCACCGCUUGCUUUGGUGUCAGGAUGAUAUUUGAUUUCCAGAGCUAAAACUUUCCAGUAAGUUAGUACAAAAGCCAAGGUUCCAUUUUAUAUUGAUUUUAUGAUCAAGCGGCAUAUACCAGAGGCCUUUUUUAAUAGUCAAAGUUGGCCUUCAUUUUCUAGCACGUCUAACGUCACAAAUAUGACCUCUUUACACUUGUCGAUUAUAAAAAUGUAAAGCAUUGUUUAUCUAAUUUUCUUUUAGGAUUUUCAAGAGUAAGAACAAAAUAAUAAUUCGGUGGAGUUUCAAUGUCAGGGAAUGUUUCUUACGCGUUCACCCUUCUCUCGAAGUUGCCAUUGCAUCCUGCCGUGUUUUGUGCGAAAAACGAGCAUAAAAUCGAUUUUUCAAACUUUUCCUAAUUUCUCCUUUCAAAUGAAUCGUUUGAACCCAAAACUAUUUUUCCUUAAAUUAGGUCACUAAAAGGGAUGUUUUGGCAAAAUAAAAAAAAAUUCGAUUUUUUGACGAGUGUCGUGCGAUUCUCGAUUUUCUCAGAUAAUGGCUCUUAACACUUUUUUCAACACUUUUGCCAUCCUUUACAAAUUCAUUUGAAAUUCUUGCCUGGAAAACGGCAUUUGUUUCCCAUUUUGCACACUUUAAGAAUUCAACGAAUUAAUCAUUCUCAUUCCUUAGUUGUCAAAGUAAUUAUCGUGGUAAGAAGGAGCAUCUCUCUCAACCCCCCCGACCUUCAUGUCCACCUAUCCUUGGCCUUAAGAGCUCUAGAGAGCUGGCAAAAGUCACUGUUUUUGUACCCACGAUGUUAAACCGGCAUGCUUUAUGCUUAGACUUUAAAGCCUUCUUUUCUAUUGCCAAACAAUUAAUUCUUUAGUUGUGUUCUUUGAAGGUGACAGUGCGAAACGGAAAAGUGCCGAGCAAGACGGAAAAGCCAAAAGCGUUUGGUUUGUCUUACCUUGCAAUUGUCAACGAACAUCUCCCAUGGUAUCUUUGCAUAUGGUUGGCUAUAUAG